GCCUCUGCAGCUGUGACAUGUCCCGCUGCUGCCUGCUCCUGUUCGCCGUGGCUGCCUUCGCCAUCCUGGUGGAGAGCCGCCCGGCUGACACUGACGCUGCCGACACUGGAUCCAGCAGCCCGUCGGAAGCGGGAGGCGACACUGGAAACAACGGCUUCCACUUCGGGGGUGCGGUCCGUGAGUUCUUCACAGGUCUCCGCUCGGGUAACGCCACGCACGACUCGCAGCAGCCGCAGCCGCACCACUCGCCGCUGAGCGGUCUGCGGGAGGCAGCGGUGGGCGCCAUCCAGCGCGCGAGGCAGCGGGGAGCCGAAGGCGGCGGCCAGGGGACCAGCGCCUAACCUCACCCACUGUAGUCUCUCUUAACGGCAAUAAAAUGGACUGAACUAAGUA